AUGUUACAAGGAAUCGACUCAAUCACAUACCUACCUCUUCCGGACUUCCUUCAAGCCACUAUUAAACAAGCAAUAAAUACAAUAUCCAGUACGGUUAUUUCUCAAUCGGAGCCGUAUGCCUCAAAAUUUGACCUUCCUGAUGAUGAUGGGGUAAAAUUAAUUGUGGAGGAGAUAAAAAAGAUAUAUCAGAAGGAAAAGCUGCCGCAUGAUAUUUCUACCUUAUCAUUAUAUGGGGCUGUCUUUAGAGGAAGAUGGGAAUCUGGUGAACUUAACGAUACUGUUAUUGUCCCACUUAUCGAUUACCAUGCUGAAGUUAUUACUAGGAAUAAAAAGGGGGAUGAGAAAAGACUAGAUUGGCAUUGGAAGCAUGCUAUAUUUAUACAAAGACAAACAUUUUUUGAGAUUGAAGGUGAAAACAAGAUUGGUGCAAUAAUCCUUCAAUUUAAGCGAUAG